AAAAAAAAAAAACCAUCCCCAAGACACCAGCAGGUAACCCAAUCAUCCACCUCACUCAAUAAAACAUCCCUCUCCCCACAAAACCGGCCUUUCUUUCUUCCUUUCUCUUCUUUCAUUUCGCUGUUUGUCUGCGCUUCGAACAAACAAUACAAUGAACCUCUCUUCCCUCGCAUCCCUCGACUCAAACCCUCUCUCCACUCCUCGGACUGCUAGGUCCCACUUUAUCCGGGCCCACUUCCUCCCCCGCAUCCGAAACGUCGUCGUCUGCUCCGUCAAACCCCCGGCGUCGGCGGCGACCGUCGGCGUGGCCGAGUCGGCUUCGCAGAGGCUGAGUCGAAUCGAGUCUCUGAGUCAGGUCUCGGGCGUGUUGGGUUGCCAGUGGGGCGACGAGGGGAAGGGCAAACUCGUCGAUAUCUUGGCCCAACACUUCGAUGUCGUUGCUCGUUGCCAGGGUGGAGCCAAUGCUGGUCAUACAAUCUACAAUUCGGAGGGAAAGAAGUUUGCCCUUCACCUUGUUCCUUCUGGCAUUUUGAAUAUGGAGACUCUGUGUGUUAUUGGAAAUGGAGUUGUGGUUCACCUUCCAGGGUUUUUCAAAGAGAUUGAUGGGCUUGAAUCGAAUGGUGUCUCCUGCGAGGGAAGGAUAUUGGUUUCCGAUCGUGCUCACUUGCUGUUCGAUUUCCAUCAAGAAGUGGAUGGGCUUAGAGAGGCGGAGCUUGCCAAGUCUUUCAUUGGCACUACAAAGAGAGGAAUUGGACCUUGUUACUCUAGCAAGGUGAUUAGGAAUGGCAUUAGAGUAAGUGACCUAAGGCACAUGGAUACUUUUCCUCAGAAGCUUGAUCUUUUGUUAUCGGAUGCUGCUGCAAGAUUCGGAGAUUUUAACUAUACCCCAGAAAUGCUCAGGGAUGAGGUCGAAAAGUACAAGAGGUUUGCUGAGAGGUUGGAACCUUUCAUUGUUGAUGCCGUGCUUGUCAUGAAUGAAGCCAUUUCACAGAAGAAGAAGAUUUUGGUUGAAGGUGGUCAGGCGACGAUGUUGGAUAUUGACUUUGGAACAUACCCGUUUGUAACUUCUUCUAGUCCAUCUGCUGGUGGCAUUUGCACCGGUCUUGGAAUUGCGCCAAGAGUUGUUGGUGACCUGAUUGGAGUGGUAAAAGCAUACACCACAAGAGUUGGGUCUGGUCCGUUCCCUACAGAAAUCUUGGGUCAAGGGGGUGACCUUCUUAGGUUUGCUGGGCAGGAGUUUGGCACAACUACUGGUCGUCCACGCCGUUGUGGUUGGCUUGAUAUAGUUGCACUCAAGUACUGCUGUCAGAUUAAUGGCUUUUCUUCUCUUAAUCUCACCAAACUAGAUGUUUUAUCUGAUCUUCCUGAGAUUCAAUUGGGGGUCGCUUAUAAACAUGCUAAUGGUACACCAAUCAAAUCAUUCCCGGCGGACCUUCGUCUUCUCGAGCAAUUGAAGGUGGAAUAUGAAGUAUUGCCCGGCUGGAAUUCCGAUAUAUCUUCCGUCAGAAACUACUCCGACCUUCCAAAGGCGGCGCGUCAAUACGUGGAGAGGAUAGAAGAGCUUGUCGGUGUACCAAUUCAUUACAUUGGUGUUGGGCCCGGACGUGAUGCCCUCAUAUUUAAAUAACUUUAGUAUGAUUUUCGGAUUUAUAUCUUAGAUGACAUUUGUUCCUGUUAGAGGAUCUGACGGUGGGAGAAUUUUUAUCCUCUGAAGUUGGGGGAUGUUUUGGGUACUAAGAUUACCUUGUAGGUCCAGAAACAAGUAUUGUAUUCUCCUUCUAGGGAGACAAACUUUGGAGCUUUGCUGUGUUGGAAGCCUUUUGUAGGCUUUUGAUUCAGUGAUAUUACUUAUUGCAGUGCUUGGCAAUAAUAUUAUAUUAGCUUUGAGGCCAAUUCUGCUA